AUGCAUAUUAAACAGGUGAUUAUUCAGGGAUUUAAGAGUUAUCGGGAACAAAUUGUCGUAGAACCCUUUGAUAAACGUCAUAAUGUAGUUGUAGGGCGUAAUGGUUCAGGAAAAAGUAAUUUCUUUCAUGCGAUUCAAUUUGUUUUAAGUGAUGAAUUUUCUCAUCUCAGACCCGAACAAAGACUUGCCUUGCUUCAUGAAGGUACAGGACCAAGAGUUAUUUCAGCAUUUGUUGAAAUUAUAUUUGACAAUUCUGAUAACAGAAUUCCAAUAGAAAAAGAUGAAAUAUUUUUGAGGAGAGUCAUCGGGUCCAAGAAGGAUCAAUUCUUUCUUAAUAAGAAGGUUGUUCCCCGCUCUGAGGUGCUCAAUCUAUUGGAGAGUGCUGGUUUGUCAAACUCCAAUCCAUACUACAUUGUCAAACAGGGAAAGAUCAACCAAAUGGCAAUUGCUCCCGAUUCACACAGACUAAAGUUAUUGCGUGAAGUAGCUGGCACACGAGUAUAUGAUGAGCGCAGGGAGGAAUCUGUGACAAUCCUCAAAGAAACUGUAGGCAAGGUGGAGAAAAUCAAUGAAUUCCUUCAAACAAUAGAAGAACGUCUUAAAACACUUGAAGAGGAGAAAGAGGAGUUAAAGGAAUAUCAAAAAUGGGAUCGAGCAAGACGCGUUCUCGAAUUUAUCAUACACGACACGGAGCACAGAGAAAACAAAAGAAAGUUAGAGGAGUUAGAAAAGAUGCGAUCAAAUAGUGGCAAAGAACAGCAACAUUACGCGGACUUAGUACGCGAAGCACAGGACCAUGUAAGAGAAGCCAACAGGAAACUUAAGGAAGCGCGGAAAGACGUCGCAGCAGCCCGCGAGGAGAAAGAUAUCCUAUCGACUGAACAGCAGCAGCUUUUGAGGGAGAAGACCAAACUUGAGCUUGGCAUUAAAGAUCUCACAGACGACGUUGAUGGCGACAACAAGUCUAAGGAAAGGGCCGAGGCAGAGUUGGAGCGUUUGCGGCAGCAAAUAGCGGAGAAAGAGAGGGAGCUGGAGGAGUUGAAGCCUAAAUAUGAGGAGAUGAAAGCACGUGAGGAGGAGUGCACCAGAGCGCUGGCUCUCAACCAGCAGAAGAGACAGGAGUUGUAUGCGAAACAAGGAAGAGGGACACAGUUCACAUCGAAACAGGACAGAGAUAGAUGGAUUGAGAAAGAGCUUAAAUCACUUAAUAAACAAAUCAAAGACAAAAAGGACCACGAGAACAAACUAAAGGAGGACCUGCGUCGCGAUGCGUCAAAACUCACUGAACUGCAGAAGAGAAUUGAGGAGACUACGAAAGAGAUGGAACGGCAGCGAGUCGCCAUCGACGAGCAUAACAAGCAGUAUUACGAGUGCAAAAAGAGGAAGGACCAAGAGCAGAGCGCUAGAAACGAGCUAUGGCGCAAAGAGACCACAUUGACGCAGAAUCUGUCGUCGUUAAAAGACGACCUGGCGAAAGCGGACCAAGCACUUCGCUCUAUGGCGGGAAAGCCUAUACUCAACGGUCGUGACAGUGUGCGCAAAGUGCUGGAGACAUUCCAAGAGAGAGGUGGCGAAUGGGCCAAAAUAGCGACACAGUACUACGGACCAGUCAUUGAAAACUUCACAUGCGACAAAACCAUCUAUACAGCUGUUGAGGUUACCGCCGGCAACCGUCUCUUCCACCACAUUGUGGAAUCGGACACCGUGGGCACUAAGAUCCUGAAGGAGAUGAACAGACAGAGUUUGCCCGGGGAGGUCACCUUCAUGCCCCUCAACAGGCUCCAAGUUCGAGACAUGAUAUAUCCCAACGACAAUAAUGCAAUUGCAAUGGUACAGAAGUUAAAGUACGACCAGAAGUAUGCCAAAGCGAUGAAGUACAUCUUCGGCAAGACUCUCAUCUGCAGGAAUCUCGAAUGUGCAACGGAACUCGGCAAACAGUUUCAUCUCGACUGCGUCACAUUGGAGGGUGAUCAGGUGUCAUCAAAAGGCUCUUUGACAGGUGGCUACUUCAACCAGUCGCGCUCUCGCCUCGAGAUGCAGAAGACCCGCUCAGAGCUGAUGGAGCAGAUCAACUCGCUCGAGCAGGAGCUGAGCACUUUGCGCCAGGAGUUGAGCAAGACGGAGACCAGCAUCAACAGCAUAGUCUCUGAGAUGCAGAGGACAGAGACCAAACAGGGGAAGGCUAAGGACAUCUUCGAUAAAGUAAAGGCGGACAUUCGACUGAUGAAAGAAGAGUUGACAUCAAUAGAGAGGUUCAGGGGUCCCAAGGAGCGGUCUCUGGCUCAAUGUCGUUCCAGUUUAGAGGCAAUGCAAGCUACGAAGGAGGGUUUAGAGUCUGAGCUACAUCAGGAAUUGAUGGAGCAACUGUCCACGGCGGACCAAGGCAAAGUGGAUGAGUUGAACGACGCGAUCCGACGUCUCACGCAGGAGAACAAGGAGGCUUUCAGCCACCGUAUGAACCUGGAGGCGAACAAGAACAAGUUGGAGAACCUCCUCACCAACAACCUGAUCAGGCGCAAGGACGAGCUGGUGCAGGCGCUGCAGGAGAUCUCCGUGGAGGACAGGAAGCGGCGUUUGGCCAACAGCAAGGCGGACCUCACCGCCGCGGAGAAGAGGAUCCGCCAGAUCAACAAGGAGAUGGAGGAAGUCGAGAGGAAGGUGCAGGCAGCUGUUCGGAACGAGAAGGCGCUCAAGCUGGAACUCGACAAGUGGCGCAACAAGGAGAAGGAAGCCCAAGAGAAGAUGGAGGAAGACGCCAAGGGCUUGGAGAAGAUGGCAUCGAAGGAAGUGCUGCUGCAGGAGAAGAUCCAGGAGUCGCUGGACAAGAUAGCCGCGCUGGGCACGCUGUCCAACGCGCCAGAGUUACACACAAAGUACCAGAAGAUGUCCCUUAAACAGUUG